AUGAAGCUUCUUCGCGUUGUGUCCCGCAUCCCUGUUCGGUCUUUCGGGACUGAGAGACUAAUUUGGCCCCCCUUCACAUCGGCCAUUGCCAAUCUGACGCGGCCAUCACAACGAUUCUCCUCCUCAUGUCUGCGGCAAUCAAUAUCACAACCAAAGAUCCAACAGUGCACUGUUACCCAGAACCAGAACCUCCCAUCCUUCUUCGCCCGUUUUCGAAGGGCUCCCCACCGAUACAACAGUACCAAGCCCUCUCCAAACCCAACUCCCAAUCUAGGUAGCCCACAGCCCGCUCCCUCCCUCUCCCAGCGUCUACGGAAACUGUCGAGAGAAUAUGGGUAUGCUUCUCUGGGUGUAUAUUUUGCACUGUUGGUGCUGGACUUUCCAUUUUGCUUCCUCGCUGUAAAAUCGCUCGGAACAGAAAGGAUAGCGCAUUGGGAACAUGUAGUAUUGGGGGCAGCGAAGGAUAUCAUCCGCAUACCAUUUCCUAAUUUAUUUGAGAAAGACGGUACCGCGCAAGCCGAGGUUGCUGCUGAAGAGGUAAGAAAGGAUGCAACCGAGGCAAAGGGCGACGCUACAAUUUGGACGCAGCUCGCGCUCGCAUUUGUGAUCCAUAAGUCUUUCAUCUUCGUUCGGGUACCGUUAACUGCAGCAUUGACGCCGAAGGUGGUCAGGACGCUUCGUGGUUGGGGGUGGGAUAUUGGAAAACGAAAACCAAAAACACCCAAGAACCCCAAAACAACAUAA